AUGGGUUGUGUGCAAUGCAAAAGGAAGAGGCCCAAUAAAAACCCCAGCAAUGGCGGCGAUGGGAUGGCAAACCUGCAGCCCAACUCCUGCUACGAUCCUGACCCCACCCCACAGAACCCCACCAACACGUUCACGCGCAUCCCCGACUACAACAACUUCCAGGCAGGGACCUCGGGGCCUUCCACUCCGGCCUUCAUGGGGGGGUCCAGCCUGUAUCCCAGCUCCCUCCCCAUGUCUGGAGCCGGGAUUGCAGGUCAGUCUCUCAGGAAAGGCUGCAGCUAGAGGACUCAGGUGUGGUGGGCAAGCCUCGAAUGCUUGCUUUGGUUGGGCCAACCCUUUGGGGCAGGCCUAAGUCAUGGGUGGAGAAACCAAUUCAGUCCUAGGGCCACAUUUCCUUCUCAACAAACCUUUGGGGGCCACAUGCCAGUGGUGGGAGGAGCCAGAGGUUAACAUGGGUGGGGCAAUGGAUGCCAAUUUUACCUUUGUACAGGAGGAUGGUUGCUAGGUAUACAAGAACACACAGUCCCCUCUGUCCUCCAAUCAGGCAAUCAAGCAGCAUGAUCACGGAAUCAUAGAUUUAGAAGGGACCUUGUGGGUCAUCUAGUCCAACCCCCUGCAAUGCAGGAAUCUCAGCUAAAGCAUCCAUGACAGAUGGCCGUUCAACCUCUGCUUUGAAGCCUCCAUUGAAGGAGAGUCCACCACUUCCUGAGGGAAACUGUCCUACUUUCAAACAGCUCUUACUGUCAGAAAGUUCUUCCUGAAACUCCCUUCUUGCAACUUGAAGCCACUGGCACAUUUCCUGCCCUCCAGAGCAGGAGAAAACAAGCUUCCUCCAUCCUCCAUGUGACAGCCCUACAGAUAUUCAAAGGUGGCUAUAUCUCCUCUUUUCCAGGGUAAACAUUCCCAGCUCCCUUAACUGUUCCUCAUAAGGCUUUGUUUCCAGACCCUUGACCAUCUUGGUCGCCCUCCUUUGCAAAUGUUCCAGCUUGUCAACAUCCUUCUUAAAUUGUGGUGCCCAGAUUCAGAGCUCAAGGACACACGCCAGUCAGACAAAAGCACUCAAGAGGAGUAGAAAGCAGGGCCAGUGAGGAGUGUGGCAUAGGGAGAGAGCAGUAGUGGCUGGAGAGAGUCCUGAGGGCCAGGGAGAGAUGCAGGGGGGGGGGGGACACGACAACACACAUUUGUUCCUCGCAUCUGAGCUUUUAUGCUUACAAAGUUAUUUCUGGACAACCUGUUGGAUGCAGCCCAGGUGGCGUUGGCAUUUCCUGUGGACCGAUUGUAAUUCAGGAAAUACCAUGCUCAUAGGUAACAUACCUGGGGAUUUCUCCUGAGCUGGAGCUGCCUCUGCAGCUUUUGCUGGGUCCUCUCACUGCCUUUCUGCUGCUGCCCCCUGCAGGUGGAGGAGUGACCCUGUUUGUUGCCUUGUACGAUUAUGAAGCCAGAACAGAGGACGACCUCACGUUCAAGAAAGGAGAGAAAUUCCACAUAAUUAACAAUAUGUGAGUAUUGGCUUAUAGUAUGGCUUAAAGGAGGAGUACAGAACGUUUGGUGCUCUAGAGUUGGCUCAGCUACAACCCUCACCAAUCCUGGCCCUUGGCCAUGCUCACUGGGGCCGAUGAGAGACAGUGCAUGUAUUCUUAUUAAUUUAUAUGCCACUUCCAUGUUGUGAACCACCCUGUGCUCUUUGGAUGAAGGGCGGUCUACAUAUUUAAUAAAUAAUAAUUAUAAAAUAAGUGGCUUCUAAGUGGUUUACAGCUAUACAAUCAGCUACAAAAUCCACACCUAAUUAAAAGGUGCUGUGGGUUAAAUCACAGAGCCUAGGACUUGCCGAUCAGAAGGUCAGUGGUUCGAAUCCCCGCGAUGGGGGUGAGCUCCCGUUGCUCUGUCCCAGCUCCUGCCAACCUAGUAGUUCAAAAGCACAAAGUGCAAAUAGAUAAAUAGGUACCGCUCCAGCGGGAAGGUAAACGGCAUUUCCAUGUGCUGCUCUGGUUCGCCAAAAGCGGCUUAGUCAUGCUGGCCACAUGACCCGGAAGCUGUACGCCGGCUCCCUCAGCCAAUAAAGCGAGAUGAGCGCCGCAACCCCAGAGUCGUCUGCAACUGGACCUAAUGGUCAGGGGUCCAUUUACCUUUACCUAAUAAAAACACAAACAAAACCAAUUCAUCCUUAAUUAAAAUAUACAAUAGAACAAACCAGGUGAAAAGAAUAGUGUUUAAAACAGAUUAAAAGAAAAGAAAAGAAAAAUCAGACAUUGGGAAUUGAACCUGAGACCUUCUGAAUGCAAAAGCCUGGGUUCUGCCACUAAGCUAUUCCUCCACCUGGGUGAGCUUUAUAGAUCUGUAGAGUUGGAAGGGAGCACAAGAGUCAUUAGUUCCAACCCUUCCUCAUGGUUCACUGGUUUCUUUUCUCUCUCCUGUUUCUCCAGGGAGGGUGACUGGUGGGAGGCGAGGUCUCUCAACACAGGAGCGACGGGCUACAUCCCUAGCAAUUACGUGGCACCCGUGGACUCCAUCCAGGCAGAAGAGUAAGUAUGGCGGCAUCUGGAGGGGGGGCAUGCAGGGGGUGGGAAAGGGGAGAGGUACUCAAAGGAGGUGAUUAUUUGCUUUUAGCCGGGUAAGGAAACUUUCUGGCCUGGCGGGCUAGAUCACUUAUCUCCCCGCAUCCCCAGGGGGUCAAACUUGAGUGACAGGAGUGGGGAAGAGGGGUCUGUUCCCCCACAGGAAACACGCUGGUGAAGCAGCACCCAGAAGGACUGAACCUCUCUCUGCUCUACAGAAGCUGGCAAUUGGCCCAGGUCCUCUUCCCCUCCGCCUCCAAGCAUUCACUUCUAAAUCUUCUUUUUCCAGAUGGUACUUUGGGAAAAUUGGCCGCAAGGAUGCCGAGAGGCAGCUUCUGUGCCAUGGCAACCCCCGGGGAACUUUUCUCAUCCGCGAGAGCGAGACCACCAAAGGUAGCACCUUUCUCCCAAGGGUAAUCUAGUCCAAACCUCUGCGAUGCAGGAAUCUCAACUAGAUCAUACAUGACAGGUGGCUGUCCAACCUCUGCUUAAAAACGUCAGCUAUUCUCCCUGUAAACACAUCAGGAUGACAGCUCAUUAAACAGGUCAUCUGUGCUUUGGGCACGCUAGGUGUGCAAACAGAAGGGUCCUAAAAGACCCCAGGGAGGACACAGAAAUCAAAGUAACUUAUGGAAGAAGAAGGUUCAUCUCCCAAAUAGGUGGGAAAUGCAAUCCCUUUUGACUUGGCCUCAUGGAGUACAGCACCACCUGCUGCCUUGCUGUGCAAUUACGUCUCGAUCAUUCCUUUAUCAUUAUUUUUGCCUUUAUUACAUUUAUUUCCCACCUUUUCCUCCAAGGAACUCAGUGCGGCAUACAUAGUUCAAAGCUGAAGGGCGGGGCUUCAGAGAAGGGGUGGGUCCUUGGCUUCUCCAUCCCUGGAUUUUGAUAGGUUAUUCCACAACUGUGCACCAAUCAGUGUCUAAGGAAUGUUUUCCAUUUUGCUUUUGCUCCUCCCUCGGGACCCGCCUCUGCCUCCGGGUCUCUUCCUCCUAGGUGCCUACUCACUAUCCAUCCGGGACUGGGAUGAAGUGAAGGGCGACCACGUCAAGCAUUAUAAGAUCCGGAAGCUGGACAACGGCGGCUAUUACAUCACCACCCGGGCCCAGUUUGAGACGGUGCAGCAGCUGGUCCAGCAUUAUAUAGGUAGGGUGUUGUGGGGAGGGAUCAGCAGGAGAGCAUCAAAGAAGAGACAGGGACUCUGGACCCUCCUCCUCCAGCCCUUCGAAGAUUUGGGUGGCUGGAAUGUUUCAUUUCACAAAGGUCGCCUCCACACUGUAUAUUGAAAGCACUCCUUUAUACCUCUUUAAGAGCAAUGGAGGAUCCUGGGAACUGUAGUUCGCCAAGAGUGCUGGGAGAAGUAGGUCUGUGGGGUCAGCAUCCUGAGCAAUCUUCAGUUCCAAGGGUUCUCUGGGGGAAGAAGCCUCUUAUAAAACUAUAUAUAAUAGAGGACUUUAAAUGUAUUGUGUGGAGGUGCCAAAGCUCAACUCUUCCUGGAAGUGGUUUCCUGGAAUCCAGCGGUGGAUGACAUCCAUUGGCACUGGUGGGACGGAAGGCAGGGAGCCCAACAGUAGGGGGCGCCAGAGCCAGUCUAGUUUUGUUCCUACCCUCCUCCCUCCCAGUCUAGUUUUGUCCCUACCCUCCUCCCUCCCUACAGGGGGCACCAUUGAGUCUAAGGAGGAGGAAGCUGAUAGGCAGUGCUAUGCCCUGGACAGGAAGGGUGACAGGGUGGGGGCCGGCCGAGGAUGAUGGAGCAAAGACCCAUAUGCCCUAAUGGAGCCUCCACCGCUGGAAUCCUUCGUCUCUAAGCCUAGGACUUGGAAUAUUGUCCUUCCUCUUUGCUCCGGACAAAUCCUCAGCAUCUCCUGGUAGUGCUGAGAAACUCUGGGAAACGGCUGCCUGUCGGGUGUAGGUUAUGGGGAUUGGGAAUUGCUACUGGCAAAUCCAGUGAGUGCAAUGGUUUUGCUACCGCUUCAGUUUCUGUGUAGUAAAAGGGCAUUUCCUCCUUGGUGACCAACUUGUUCUGCACUGGCUAUCUUACUGUUCUUUAACUCUUCUUCUUCCUCCCCCCCCCUUUUUUAAAAAUGUGUAUUCCCCUUUUUUUACCCCCGCACCCAAUCCUUGCUUUCCGGGGCUCCUUCUUCAAGAGAGAGCUGCAGGGCUGUGCUGCCGCCUGGCUGUGCCAUGUCACAAAGGGAUGCCCAAGCUGGCAGACCUGUCCGUCAAAACCAAAGACGUUUGGGAGAUCCCGCGCGAAUCGCUGCAGCUUAUCAAGAAACUGGGCAACGGGCAGUUUGGGGAAGUGUGGAUGGGUAGGACUGACCGCGAGAACAGAGGAGACGGGGCCCUAGAGGGGAGAAGGAAGAAGGCAAAGACACCAGGCCGAGUGCCAGUCACGGGGUGGGCAUGCCCACACAAAGUGGCAUCUCAAGAACAUCCAGUGGGCCCUGCUGGACCAAGCCAAAGGCCCUUCUAAUGCAGCGUCCUGUUUUCGCCGUGGCCAAACAGGUGACUCUGGGAAGCCUGCAAGCAGGACUUGAGUGCAACAACUCUUUCCCUACUUGAGAUUCCCAGAAACUGGGGUUCAGAGGCAGACUGAAGGCAGAGCACAGCCAUCGUGGCUAGUAGACACUGAUAGCUUUAUUCUCCAUGAAUUUGUCUAGUUCUCUUUUAAACCCAUUCAAGUCUGUCUCCAUUGCUAUAGUCUUGCUAUCAAGGGCUGCUAACGUCUUCACAUUAUUGUGCCUUUCGGGAAGAAACAGGAAAAAGAGGGCACAUGCACAUCAAUUAACGCAGGGGUCUCCAAGCUUUCCUUGCCUCAGGCCGGUGUCUCAAGCGACGAUCGUGUGGCGGGCUGGAGAGAGCGUGCCCAUACGCGUGCGCACAUGCUAUUUCCAGUGCGCUUCUGGGUCAGAGGAGGCCCAUGUGCAUGCGCACAAGCUAUUUCCAGUGCUCCUCUGACCCGGAAGCAUGUCCCUGUGCCGCGCCAGUAAGAAUGGGCGGCAGCAGGGGUUGCCGCGGGCCGGAUAAAUGGGUCCCUCGGGCCUUAUUCAGCCCCCAGGCCGUAGGUUGGUGACCCCUGAUUUAACAUCUUCAUUCCAACAUGCAAAAGUCACCAUAGGGUGAGAUUACAAUCAGCCUGUGUUGAUUUGUUCGGAGGCAAUGCUUCUUCUGAAUGCCCAUUGCUGAAAACCAGAGGAGGAGAGAGGGCUCUUGUGCUCAGAUCCCAGAAGCAUCUCCUUGGCCACUGCGAGAACAGGAUGCUGGACUAGAGGAGCCAUUGGCCUGAUCCAACAGGCUCUUUGUAUGUUCUUAUGCUCCAUCUGCGCUCAAAGCAGUUCGCGUAAAUACCGAAACAGCGUCAAUACAGUAGUAUAGUGCCACUUCAUCAAUAACUUGGGUAAGAGUGGCCAGGCAUUAACUUUAUGGAGGUGAUUUCUGCAGGCAAGCUUGAACCUGCCCUAAUGCUCUCUUUCUAUGCAAGUCAAAAAGGGAAAUCUAUUCUUGUGCAGAGAGCGGCUGCUCUAAAAGUAAGCCAAGGGCACCAACUAGUGGUCAAAGCAGAUACUUCUGCCUGAUAUAAUAUGGGGCCUGGUGCCAUACUCCUCUUCCUCCCCCUCCUGGUCCCUGUCCGUCCCUCCUGGGUGCAUGUGGAAUCCAUCACUCCAUUUUCCAUCUCGCAUUCUAUCUCUCUCUCUCUCUCUCUCCCACCUUCUCCAUCCCACCCCAUUCCAUCCAUUACAGAGUACAAUGAUGGUCUCUGCCAACUACUAACCAGGGUGUGCCCUUUUCCGAAACCCCAGACUAUGGGCCUGUCUAAGGACGCUUGGGAAAUCCUGCGCGAGUCCAUACGCUUUGACAAGAAGCUUGGCAUGGGAUGUUUUGGAGAUGUGUGGAUGGGUAAGGUGGGGGCCUUCCAGGGUCACUCUGUAGCUUGGAGGGCACAUGAGUUGGAGGUGGGUGGAGGAAGCCCAUGGAAUGAGAGUGCAUUUUAGGAUCAGGCAACUUUUGGGAGGUGCUGCUGAUUUUAUACCUAGGAAAGAUCAGUAUCCUGCCUCCUUUGGAAAGGCUGUAGCUCAACAGCAGGACAAUGCAUGCGUUGUAUAUAGAAGGUCCUUUUUUAAAAAAAUAAUUUUUAUUAACCGGCCAAUCAAAUCAAAUUAAAUCACAUCACAUAAAUUCCGAAUUACAAAGCCGAAUUUUAAAUUUUGUAUAUAGAAGGUCCUAGACGUCACCCAGGAGAUGUGAACCUGUGGCUCUCUGGAAGUUGUUGGACUCCAGUUCCCAUCAGCCCCUGCCAGUGUGGCCAACAGUCAGGGAUGGUGGAAGUUGUAGUCCAGCAACCUCUAGAGAGCCGCAGGUGACCCAUCCUUCAUCUAGUCACUGGCAUCUCCAGUCACAAGGAUCUCAGAGUGGAAAGGCAGGGCAAAAUCUUCUGCCUGGAAAGGUCUUCUGCUACUGCUAUUCUUCCUAUUCAGAACAGGCUCAGGGGGUCUCUCUUGGUGCAGACCACUCCUCGUAGCUUUUAAGAGCAGCCAGUAAGUGCAUCACACCCUGCAGAGCUGCGAUGUUCAGUGAUCAGUCCUUGAAAGCACAGGGUUUAGUACUGGAUCUGCAACUUCCUGAGAAGCAAAGCUCUUCGUUUCUUUGUUUAAAUAUAAGUGCUGCUUUUUGGCCCUUGCUGCCUUCAGAGUCAGAAGUGGUGAACUCUCAGAAGCCAGCUGCUUGCAAAGUAGGGAGGGCGAGGCGGGGGUGCCAACUUGAAUAAAAUUUGGGGGGCGGGGAGAAGCUCCACCCAGCAUAACCUAUCACAAGAGUGGCAAGGACCAUCAACUUCAAGGCCUCCCAUUUUAUUGGGAGGGGGGCGAAGGGACUUCAACAACUAGGUGUUGGCUCCUAUGGGGCGGGGUCAUGAUUGAGCUGGAUUUCCAUUGCUCGGGGACUGAGCCUUCCAGUGUGCUGCAUAGUUCCUGGCCCCUUCCCUACUACUAGCAAAACAGAACAAAUGAGAAGGACAUACAUGUACUGGAAAAGGAUUGCUCUUCAGCUAGGAAGUUAGACAAGGGUGGAAGCAGUGGAAUUGGCCCUUCUGGGUUGGGUUUUUCAGAAGGAGGGCAUUCCUUCCAUCCCACACGUUUCACCUCUCUGCUGAGGGGGCACCAUCCUGAUCUGGCAUAACUUCCCCCUCCCAUCCAUCUCCAUCUCCACAUGGGUCAAGGUGGGAGAGCGCAAGGAAGUGUCCUCGCUCUGGUGGGUGCCCCCUUGCCAUCCCCCUCGGUGACUCUUUCCCGUGCUUCCCGCUGGCUCCAGGGACCUGGAACGGCACCACGAAAGUCGCGGUGAAGACGCUGAAGCCAGGGACCAUGUCUCCGGAAGCCUUCCUGGAAGAGGCCCAGAUCAUGAAGCGCCUUCGGCAUGACAAGCUGGUGCAGCUGUACGCGGUGGUGUCGGAGGAGCCCAUCUACAUCGUCACCGAGUUCAUGAGCCAAGGUGCGGCCAUAUGUUGGCAUGGCCAAGGCCAAGGCUGGUGGGAGGGCGCCAAGGCUUCCGGGUGGCAGGCAAGCAACUAGCUGCAACCCAGGGGCAUCCCAGGAAGCUCAAGGGCGGGAGAUUUCAAAGCAGGCAAAAAGAAGUUCAACUUUGCACAGUGCAUGGUUUAAACUAUGGAACUGGCUCCUGCAAGAUAUAGCAAUGGCCGGCAAUUUGACCGGCUUGAAAAGGGUAUUAGACCAAUCCAUGGGGGGGGGGUCACAACUGGGAAUGGUAGGGCAGGAGGCAGCAAAGCCCACAGCAGGUGGAGCCACAGCCACUGAUGGGGCACACACCAUUUAUUCUAGCUUUGUCCCCGCCUCCUUCCCUGCUGAGUUCUUCAGCCGCAACUUUGGGACUAAGCUGACAAAGCACAGUUCCCUGAGAAUGGAUGUCAGAGAAUGGAAGUUUCCAGUCCUCCUUGCAGUUGAGAAAGAGGGAGGGACUUGGUGGAGGGAGAGCAUGUGAGCCUGAGAUUGGUGCAGGCUUGUCCAUGUACCAGGGAACUGUGGUUUUUCUCUUAUGUUUGAAAUGGAAUUCUGGAAGGUACCUGGGAGGUCAAUGGUGUUGGGUCCCUGUGCAAUUGCAGCCUUUUUAGUUCAGUUAUAAAACCACUGAUGGCCUAGCUCAGCAGUAGUCCAUGUGAUGCCCUGCAGAUCUUGCUGGAUUCCAACUCUCAUCAGGCCCAGACAGCAUGACUCAUGGUCAGGGAUAAUGGGAGAUGGAGUCUGGCAGCAUCUGAAGGAUACUACAUUGGCUACCUCUGCACUAACCCAAUUGUCUAGUCUAUCAUGGAAAAGUUCAUCAUAUGCAUUCAGCCUUUCCCAACCUAGCGCCCACUUUCCAAGAUGUUGUUGGACUGCAACUGCCAUUGCCCCUGGUUAUUGGCCACACUGGCUAGGGCUCAUGGGACCUGGAGUCCAACACCACUGGAAGGGUGCCAGAUUUAGGAAGGCUGAUAAGACUCAUUCCCCAGCUGCUUCCUGCAAGGAAAGGGCAGUGGCAGGAAACUGGGCAUGGAAAGUAGACCGGACAGAGAAACUGGGUGAAGUGGUUGAUGGGCAGCUGCCGCUGGUGGGUUAUUGGGAAAAGAUCCUAACAAGAUGCUGGUCUGAUCUCCUGACUCUGCCCUUCACAGGGAGUUUGCUGGAUUUUUUGAAGGAUGGCGAUGGCCGGUUCCUGAAGUUACCUCAGCUGGUAGACAUGGCAGCCCAGGUAACUGGGGUGGGGGGCACUUGGGGAAGCUACAUUUAAUUUAACAAUAAAAUUCCCUAGACAGCUUAAGGAAAUGUGAAAUAAGCAAGCAUGCCUGUCAUUCAGUCUCAUUCUUUUCUUUAGAAAGGGAUAAUAGACUGUAUGACAAACUUCCCCAACAGGGUGCCCUCCAGAUGUUUUGGACUACAAUUCCCAUCAGUACUAGCCAGCAUAGCACAGCACAGUCAACAUUCAGGGUUGAUGGGAGUUGUAGUCCAACAGCGUCUGAAGAGACCUUAAGUCAGAGGAAGGCUAAAGUAUGAAGAUGAUCCUUGGGCAAUGAGCGACAUCAUUUGAGUCACCCACCUCCCUGUUGCAUUCUCACGUCUCCACCACCCAAGAUUGCAGCUGGAAUGGCGUACAUUGAGCGGAUGAACUACAUCCACCGGGACCUGCGUGCUGCCAACAUCCUUGUGGGCGACAACCUAGUGUGCAAGAUUGCUGACUUUGGCCUGGCCCGCCUCAUUGAGGACAAUGAAUACACAGCACGGCAAGGUAAGCUCCUGGAAACAUACCAUGUUAAGAAACCCAAGAUACUGUCUUAUACCAAGUCAAGAGUAUUUGCCCAUCUAGCCCAGUAUUGCCAACAAUGACUAGCAGUGGCUCUCUGGGGUCUUGGGUAGAGUUCUCUCUCAUUGUCUCUUACCUGGACGCCCAAGGGACUGAACCUAGGGUUUUAUGCAUGCAAAGCAGGCAGGGCCAGCGCCAAUGUUGCCAUGGCUGGGCAUCUGCCGGGGCCCCACUGACAAGAUCCCCUUGGACUUGCCACGGUGAAGAGGCAAAGCCCUAUGGAUGAACUGGGCCUGCCUGGAGAUGUGUUUUGUGGUGGUUUGGUGCUGGGAGUGGAGGGGACAUUCCCCUUCUAUUCCAUCUCAGCAUCUUCUCCCAUCUCCCUCCCCUGCCAGGUGCCAAAUUCCCCAUCAAGUGGACGGCCCCAGAAGCUGCCCUUUACGGCAAGUUCACCAUCAAGUCGGACGUGUGGUCCUUCGGCAUCCUCCUGACGGAGCUCGUGACCAAGGGGCGAGUCCCCUACCCAGGUAAAGCCUUCCCCUGUCUGGAGAGAUGGACCUGACCGUUUUUGGUUUCUCUCCAUAUCUCACUUUCCCAAUCUUAAAUUCAGUUCUCGACAGAAAUCUACGGUGAAUUUCUCCUUUGGAGCUCUCUGCUGAACCCUGCCCAACCCCCUUGCUCUUUUUCUGCAGGCAUGAACAAUCGGGAGGUGCUGGAGCAAGUGGAGAGGGGCUACCGCAUGCAGUGCCCUGGGAACUGCCCUCCGUCGCUGCACGAGCUGAUGGUGCAGUGCUGGAAGAAGGAGCCUGAGGAGCGCCCCACCUUUGAAUACCUCCAGUCCUUCCUUGAAGACUACUUCACCGCCACAGAGCCUCAGUACCAGCCGGGAGACAACCAAUAA